GAUUUUUGGUUAUGGUUAUUAACUUUUUAGUUUUUUAUUUUUAUGUUGGCGCUUGGCGGGUUUUUAUACUUGAAUUUAAUCAAAUUUUGUUUUGUUUUUUUAACUUUGUUUAGUUAGUUAAAGGUAAACAAAUACCUUUUAUAAAAAAACAAGUGGGCUAUGCUUUGAAUUUUAUACUGUAGAAAGAAUCUUUUGCAAUAUUUUUCCAUCACAGAAAUGGUAAUGGUAACAAGAAGUGCUCGUCGGAACGCAUGCGAAAUAUUUGAUGAUUCUAGAAACAGCAGCGAUAUGUCUUGCAAUGUACCGCCUUGGUGCUCUUCAGGGAGAGCAUGCGAGAGGAGGCCUCGCAAAAUACCGACGCCAAUAUGCGACAUUCGAUCCCCUUUCGUCUUACGUUCGAACUUCUGGAAAAUUCCGUCCCAAGAUAAAAGCGUACAGAACUCUAGCUGCUCCAAGAAAAGGAAAAUCAAAACCUGUCGAGUAAAACAGCGCGAUAACAUCGGCAAAUGUAGAGUGCUUCUGUUCUUAUUGUGCGCGCUGGCCGGCGGGGUAAUAGUAUGGUUUUGGAGAUAUCAAAACAUAAAUUUGAAUACGAGGAAGGAAAUUAUAUCAUUAUUCGGGCUAGACCAGACAUCGGUAGCUAUAGAUGAGGAAUGUUGUCACAAGAUGAAACAGCUGGCUGCUGCCUUGCUAUUAGCUGAACAAACCUUGAGAAGAGCCAGACGACAUCAUACGCUGAUGCUAACUUCACAUUCUGGAAAAAUUGAGACCCCAAGCACAUCCUUCGAGCCUGACCUAAUAGCCGACGUGGAAGCAACUAAAUCGGGGGGCGAGGAGUGGGGCGGACGAGCGGCGCUGUGGGGCAUAGUGCCUCUGUGGCGGUCGUCGCCGCCGCCCCAGGUGCUGCUGGACACCUCCGCGCCUGCCCCGGGCGACUGCUGGCCGUUUAGCGGUUCUCAGGGCGAGGUGACCUUCCAGUGGAGGGAGACUCGGCGCGUCAGGCGAGUCAGCGUGCAACACGUGCGGCCCGACGCCGCCCGCUCUGCGCCACACCACUUUGCCCUCUAUGGUAUUCUUGAAAACGGAACCUGGGUAAGCGGCAUGUAUGGACAAUACACUUAUGAAGGGCCAGCUAAGCAGUUCUUUACAUUGAGACCUGAAUUCCCACCAGUAAAGCAAGUGGCAUUUAGAGUUAUGUCCAACCAUGGAAAUACUAAAUAUACUUGUGUUUAUCGAGUACAUAUUUAUAAUAAAUAGCAAGUUAUGUUUUUAAAUGUA